AUGGGAACAUUGCGAGGACGGCUUCGACAAGCAAGGAAACAAAUCACAUGGUGUGCAUUUCCAGUUGGACGACGUACCCGUAGAAAGGCUUCUGGGGAUGGAUGUAGUGAUAAUGAAAGUGUUUAUGAGUCUGCUUGUGGAGAGUCUAUUCAAAGAUAUGUAUAUGCUGAAGGAGAUGGUGAUGAUGAAAAACCUAGGAAUCUAGAAGAUGAAGAAAGAAACCCCAGUGAAGUCGGUCAUACGUGUCGUGGAAGUAUCAACUUGCAAGAAGCGCGCGUUCACACUGAUAAGACAACUUCAUGCAUCGUAAUUUCUGGACAAUCUCAAACGUUCCAUGUGAAACCACAAAAUGAAAUGGAUCGACAACAAUGGGUGAAUUCAUUGGAAUAUAUGAGACACAAAGCUAUUACCAAAGCGGAAAGCGAAGAAGAUGAAGAUGCUCAAAUGGCUCAAAAUGAUUCGAAUAGAUCAGAAAAUUUGAUUCUCUCAAAUCGUCAGAUAUCAGGAAAACUAUGCGAUUUGAGAACAGCUGCUAAUAUGAUGAAUAAACAAAGUGACGAAUUGAUGCGUGCACUUAAUGGAACAGUGGAAACUGAUAAAAAUUCAUUAGCAGAAAGGGCUGAUUUGUUAAAGAUAACAACUGCAGCAGUACUCCAGGCUGCUGAAGAAUUUGUACAAUUAUCCGAACAAUCAGCGAGACGUCUGAAUAAGAUAGUAGCUGUUGAACAGAAAGAGAAAGCGUUUUUGCAGGAACAACUGGAAGCCCUCGCGAUGCAACAUUCAUCACUGGAACGAGCAGCCACUAAAUGUGCAACAGGUGCUCCGUUAUCGGUUUACAGUGACCAAGAAGACGAGUUUCAUGAUGCUGAAGAAGAUCUUAUAAUGCCAUGUAAUUCAACAUCACCAGCUGGCGUCCAUGCUGUUCCGGCAGUUCGUUCUGAUCGUCAUUCCGGUGCUGGAGACCCUUCAUCUUCUUCUCCGCCAUCAUCUCAAUCCAAUGCACCAACAGGAAGACAAAGAAGGACUACAGUACCAGAGAGACCAGAUCUUCCAAUUAAUUUGUGGUCAAUUAUGAAGAAUUGCAUCGGAAAAGAACUUUCGAAAAUUCCAAUGCCAGUUAAUUUUUCCGAGCCUAUUUCCGUUUUGCAACGUGUCACUGAAGAUUUGGAAUAUGCUGAUUUAUUGGAAGCUGCAGCAAAACUGUCAACACUCGAGCAAAUGUGUUAUGUGGCAGCAUACGCGGCAAGUAACUAUUCGACAACAUGUCAUCGAACCAACAAGCCAUUCAAUCCAUUGUUGGGAGAGACUUUCGAGUUUGAUCGAAUGGAAGACUUGGGGUGGAGAAGUGUCACUGAACAGGUUUCUCAUCAUCCACCUGCGGCUGCUCAUCAUGCAGAAGGAUGUGGUUGGACAAUGUAUCAAGACUUCACGAUGACAUCCCGUUUUCGUGGAAAAUAUCUAUCAGUAAUUCCAAUCGGAUUCACUCAUGUCGUUUUCCCAUCAACAAAUUCUCAUUUUUCCUAUCGUAAGAUAACAACUACAGUACACAAUAUCAUUGUCGGAAAGUUGUGGAUCGAUAAUCACGGAGAAAUGGAAAUUACUAAUCAUACGACGAACGAGAAGUGCGUAUUGAAGUUUGUGCCGUAUUCAUAUUUCAGCAGAGAGCAGCCGAGAAAGGUAUACGGUAUCGUUCGUAAUUCUGAAGGAAUCCCAAAAUAUGUUGUCCAAGGAACAUGGGAUAAAUCGAUUGAUAUGCUGAAAGUUUCAAGCUGGAAUGGAAAUCAAGAGAAACCAAAAGUAGAAGUUGAUGAGGCAAGCUUGAAACGAAUUUGGACGACGCAUCCACUACCGAAAGGCGCCGAAAAGAUGCACAACUUCACCAAAUUCACAAUAGAACUCAACGAACCUGAAGAUGGUGUGGCGCCAACAGAUUCACGUCUUCGUCCCGAUCAGCGGAUGAUGGAAAACGGACUAUGGGAUGAAGCUAAUAAGAAGAAAUUAGAAAUCGAAGAGAAACAACGAAUUGUGAGAAGACGCCGAGAGGCGGAGAAGGAAUUAGCAAUGAAAAGAGGCGACAAGUAUGAAGAAUAUGAACCAACGUGGUUCGUGCGUGUUCAAGAUGAAUCGAAUGGCGCUCUAAUUCAUCAAUAUAAAGGAGGAUAUUGGGAAUCGAAAGAGCAGCAUGAUUGGAGUAAAUGCCCAGACAUUUUCUAG